AACUUAUUAGGAUUUCAAAUAGAUAUGCUAUACGUAAAUUGCGUUUGUGUCUUAAAGGCCUGUUUCAAAGAAAUCAACAAUAAUCUGGAGAAUCUACGGGAGCUGAUGAUGAAUAAUCCUAGACAGAUCUAUAAUCAUGAGCAAAGACAUCCGUUUUUGCUGAUAAAACUUAAGGCUCUGAAGAAGCAGCAUCUGAUGAUAAGUGAUACAGUGAAGAUGCUUAACAUGAUUUUCAGUCUGCAUCUUCUCGCUACCAUAGCUUUAUCCUUCAAGCAGAUAAUAUUCUACGUGUAUCUCAACGUAAUACAAUGGCAAAACGGGAUAUCCUUGAAUCAAGACGGAAUUGAUAAUGCAUAUUUCAUAUCAGUCUUAAUAUAUUACCUUAUAAGAUUAACAUUGAUAGUAUGGGCUUGCGAAACUGGCAAAAAUGAAGCGAUAAAAAUUGGCACUACCAUUCACGAUGUACUUAACAGCAUCAGCGAUGUGCAAAUCAAAAAUGAGUUAAAUUUGUUCUCCUUACAAAUAUUGCAUUGCGAUAAUACAUUCUCCGCGAAAGGUCUAACUAUAGAUGCAACGAUGCUCACUGCGAUGGUGAGUAGUAUUUCCACGUAUCUAUUAAUCUUAAUACAAUUUUUGAUCAUGACGCAUUCCUGCGACAGCAAGACAAAUGCAAUUAAUUAUAUAAAAGCAAUUUAA